AUGGCGAUGCCCAGCGCAUGCAGCGGGUGUGGUAUCAUCUUGAACAGACUCGCGACAGACGAAUCGCACUGCAGUAUGCACGACAUGUACGCCCUCAAUGGUUUCUUCACCUGUUGUGUGUGUGCGAGGAAUGGCGGUUGGCAAUUCUUUGAGAGCAGUGCCUGCGCCUCCUGCAAGUCAAGAGCUGAACAUAUUCAUCUGCAGAAGGAGCACAGCGUUGCCGCGCCUGCUAAUCCUGUCAAGGAGUAUCCUUCACUCUCCAAGCUGAGGGAGAACUCCUUGACGCCCCUUGCGCGUCAGGAACGAUUCGAGCACAUGCAGGCUAGGGUCCGCCAGAAGGUGAUGGAGAAGCUGAACCCCAGGAAAGACACGGAAGUCAUAAGCACCAGGAGGACUUCCAGUAUGGGCUCAAACAUGAGCUCGACGUCGUCGAGGAGAAGGGCUCGACGACUGAAAGCCCUCACACCAGAUAAACGAGGGGAGCAGAGUGACUCUAGCGCUUGA